AUGCGAGAGAUCGUGCAUCUUCAGGCGGGCCAGUGUGGCAACCAGAUCGGGGCCAAGUUCUGGGAAGUUAUCAGUGAUGAGCAUGGCAUCGAUCCUACCGGAACCUACCAUGGAGACAGUGAUCUCCAACUGGAGAGAAUUAAUGUCUAUUAUAAUGAGGCUACAGGAAGAACAGGUGGCAAGUAUGUGCCCCGUGCUGUGCUCAUGGAUUUGGAGCCUGGUACUAUGGACUCAGUUCGCUCUGGUCCAUUUGGACAGAUUUUCAGACCAGAUAACUUUGUGUUUGGUCAGAGCGGUGCUGGCAACAACUGGGCGAAAGGACAUUACACUGAAGGAGCUGAACUGGUUGACUCUGUCCUGGACGUGGUGAGAAAGGAGGCAGAAAGUUGUGAUUGUCUCCAGGGCUUUCAACUUACCCACUCACUGGGCGGUGGUACUGGUGCUGGCAUGGGCACACUCCUCAUCAGCAAGAUCCGUGAAGAAUACCCUGACAGAAUAAUGAACACAUUUAGUAUUGUGCCUUCACCAAAAGUGUCAGACACAGUAGUAGAACCUUAUAAUGCCACCCUGUCUGUCCAUCAGCUUGUGGAGAACACUGAUGAGACUUAUUGUAUUGAUAAUGAGGCUCUGUAUGACAUUUGUUUCCGAACCCUCAAACUCACGACUCCCACUUAUGGUGACCUGAACCAUCUUGUGUCAGCUACCAUGAGUGGUGUAACAACCUGUCUACGUUUCCCUGGUCAGCUCAAUGCUGACCUGCGUAAACUAGCAGUGAACAUGGUUCCCUUUCCCCGUCUGCACUUUUUUGUGCCAGGGUUUACUCCUCUGACCAGCCGUGGCAGCCAGCAGUACCGUGCCCUCACAGUACCUGAGCUUACCCAACAGAUGUUUGAUGCCAAGAACAUGAUGGCAGCCUGUGACCCCCGACACGGCCGGUACCUGACCGUUGCUGCUGUUUUCCGAGGCCGCAUGUCCAUGAAAGAGGUGGAUGAACAAAUGUUGAAUGUCCAGAACAAAAACAGCACGUAUUUUGUUGAAUGGAUUCCCAAUAAUGUUAAGACAGCUGUUUGUGAUAUCCCACCUCGAGGCCUCAAGAUGUCUGCCACCUUUAUUGGCAAUACAACAGCUAUCCAGGAGCUGUUUAAACGCAUCUCUGAGCAGUUUACUGCCAUGUUCCGGCGGAAAGCCUUCUUGCAUUGGUACACUGGUGAGGGCAUGGAAGAGACUGAGUUCACUGAGGCUGAGAGUAACAUGAAUGACCUGGUUUCUGAGUACCAGCAAUACCAGGAUGCCACAUCUGGAGAGGAGGCUGAAGAGGAAGAAUUAGGAGGAGAAGAAAAUUAAGCUAUAUAUUGUGAUUUAUCGACAAAGCUUCAGAUGUGCAGUCCUCUUUUGCCAUUCUGCGCUUUCUUGUUUUG